UCUCAUGAAUCAGUGUUGAGCUCAGACCAAUCAGAUCAGCUGCCCACUGUGACGUCAUUAUCCAGGUUUAUUGUGGGAGAUUUGUUUUAUUUAUCUCUGCAAUGGCGACACCUGGAGGCCGUAGAGGGCGUAAUGUUUAUGUCCCUGCGUGUUGUGAAGACAAUAAAUUCUUUGGUUUAUUGUCGGAUGUUAAACGAUGUCAAGUUCCUUCAAACUAGUUCAGCUCGUAACUUUCAACAGUGCGAUUUAAAGAACAUCUUCAUAUUCAUUACAAACGUUUUUACUCAAAGGUAAACUGAUGACAGAGGUCAAAGGUCACAUUGUUUUCAUAGAGCGAAUCUGCGCUGAUUGGUGGAGACAAACGACCACAGGUCGAGGAUUCAGGUGAUUUAAAUUAAUUUAAAGAGAUUUGAUUUUAGAUCAGAGUCAAUGAUGAAAACAUUGUUCAUAAAGUAUUUUAUCAGUUUAAUUAAAACAGUUCAAAGCAGUGAGACGUCUCUGUCCUCCGACAGAUAAAACUGAAACUGUCCUCGAGACAAAAGUUAUGUUAAUUUCAGUGAUGAUAAAAAUGUUUAAUAAUUGUUCAUGUGUCAGUUAAGUUACAAUCAGUCGUUUUCACACCGAGUUGGUUUGAAUGCACGCAAACUGAAGAAGUAUAUAUAUUUUAUAUCAAUAACGUCAAUCCAACAAACAAAACUAAAUAAAUAAAAAGCACAUUUUUUUACUUCAUCAAAUUCACAGGGAACGCGUUUACCUGCUUGUUAUAAUUCUGACAUUUAUGAACCUGUUAAAAAAACUAGAACAAUAUUAAAAGAUCAAAUACUGUUUCAAAUUUAUUCCAACAUUUUCACUUCUAUCGUUCGGCUCCGACAAAAACAUGAAGAUCAGAUUCUUCUUCUUUGUUCGGUUUAUUAACGGGUGGCGACCUACGUCACGAUCGUCACUUCAUACAAUUCCAUCUUCUUCCGGUCGCUAGUCACCAUUCACGUGUUAAGAGGGAGCGCUGUGAUUCGUCAGUGUGUUCUUGAAGAACUUGUUGUGAUUGGUCAGUGGUGUGCAUGAGAAUUUUAUGGUGGCGGCUUACUGCUCCGGUGUAUGUGUGUAUAUAUAUACGUGUGUUUAUAUAUAUAUAUAUAUAUAUAUAUAUAUAUAUAUAUAUAUAUAUAUAUAUAUAUAUAUAUAUAUGUGUAUAUAGAAGAAGACGACGUGUACUCACCGGAGUCUCUGAAACUCUUACACCAAGCUAAUGCUAAAGCUAACUGUGGAAGCUCUCUCUCUGACCAAAGGACUGGAACUUUGAGCUAAGCUAACAUGCUAACAUGCCGGUCUCUGGAGGAUCUGCUCAGCUGGAGUCACGUGGAACAUGGAGACCAUGUGAAACAUAGAGAACGUGUGGAACAAAGAGAACAUGGAGACCGUGUGGUAUAAUGGAGCCCGUGUGGAACAUGGAGCCCGUGUGGAACAUGGAGAACAUGGAGCCCGUGUGGAACAUGGAGAGCAUGGAGCCCGUGUGGAACAAGGAGAACAUGUGGAACACAGCAGGAAGCACAGACCUGGAGUCAGCGUGUGGGACCCCCCCCCCCCAGAGUGAGCUCCAUGACCCAAUGAAGAUGAAGCUGUGAUGUCAGAUCUCCGACUUGAUGCAGGAAGCACAGACCUGGAGUCAGCGUGUGGGACCCCCCCCCUCCCCAGAGUGAGCUCCAUGACCCAAUGAAGAUGAAGCUGUGAUGUCAGAUCUCCGACUUGAUGCGGCUCCUCCACAGGCUGCAGCGAUGACCCGUGACCCGGAAGUGCACCGCUGCAGCAGCGCCCCAGUGUCCGGCUCUCCCCCUUCGGUCAGCGGACCUGUGGACCGGAGCGUCUCGGCCUCUGGAGGAACCGGAGGGAUGGAGCUCGACGCCGCUUCACCGGACUCUGUAGGAGAGUUUGGAAACGUUCAAAUCAAAAUGGAGCCGGACGGAGACGUGGAGAUCCAGUCGUAUCCUGUCCUGAAGAACCUGUUCGUCAAACUGACGGACUGUAGGAUUUGGCUGGAGGGGCGGGACUUCCUGUCUCUGGACCAUCACCCUCAGCUCUGGAACCAGAGGGCGAGCCAGCACUGCUCCGUGAUCACCGGCAGGAAGAUGGUCUACUGCUCCGAGUGUCCCAGAGGCUUCUAUAAGAAGUCUCACCUGGAGGCUCACCUGAGAAUCCACAGAGGACUGAAACCCAAUGAGUGCUGGCAGUGUGGGAAAACCUACCCGACCCUGAUGAGCCUCGUCAUCCAUCAGCACAUCCACGAUCGCAAGGAAGCCUACCAGUGCUCCUACUGCGACCAGACCUUCGCUCUGAAGAGGGACUGGAAGACUCACCACAGGACACACUCCGGGACCAAACCCUUCAAAUGCUGGUUCUGUGGGGACGGCUUCGACGAGCGGCAGGAGCUCACCGAGCACCUGGAGGUGCACAAGGGGGAGAAGUGUUAUCGCUGCAAAGUCUGUGACAAGAUGUUCGUCUCCUACCAGGGCUUCAACUUCCACCGCAAAUCGCACAAGAACCAGAAGCUGCUGUCCUGCCCCAAGUGCAUGAAGACAUUCAGCAACCCUCAGAGUCUGAAGAUCCAUCAGGUGACCCACUCCAAAAGGAAACCGCAUAAAUGCCCCACGUGUGGAAAAGGCUUCAAGCUGCAGAGCGGCCUGCACUGCCACCUGAGGACCCAUGAGGACCUCAGGGCCUACCACUGCACCGAGUGCGGCAAAUGUUUCUCCAGCCUGCAGGGUCUGAAACUGCACAACCGCACACACACCGGACUGAAGCCCUACAGGUGCACUGAGUGUGGGAAGAGGUUCACCCAGUCCCCCCACCUCAAGUCUCACAUAGUCACACACACUGGAGAGCGGCCGUUCCUCUGCACCACCUGCGGCAAGAGAUUCACUCAGUCGUCUCACCUGAAGUCCCACAUCACGCUGUUCCACGUGGGCGAGAAGCCGUUCACCUGUGACGACUGCGGAAAGAGCUUCACCAUCGCCCACUACCUGAAGAUGCACCGGCUGAGCCACACCAAAGAAAAGCUGCAUCAGUGCUCGUACUGUGAGAAGUCCUUCUCCUACCACAACUCCUGGAGGGCCCAUGAGCGGAUCCACACCGGCGAGCGCCCGUUCAGCUGCCAGGACUGUGGCCAGAGCUUCAUCACCUCAGGCUCACUGCUGAGCCACCAGAGAACCAAACACACCGGAGAGAAGAACCACUACUGCAUCACCUGCGGAGAGUUCUUCUUCACCAGCUCGCUGCUGCGGCUCCACCAGCUCGACCACACCGGCGAGCGGCCGCAUGCCUGCAUCUGUGGAAAGACCUUUAAAACUAAAGGAGUGCUGCGCUACCACCUGAAGAGGUUCACCGACCACAGGCCGACUGAGUGAAGGGCUGUGUGGGAAACACAUCUCCUGGAAACACACAGGAUGGAGAGACGGGUGCAUGCAGGUGGAAUACAACUGGAUGUUAGGUACUGUAGUUGGCCAGCAGGUGGAGCUGCAGCAGUGAUCGAUCAUGAAGAUGCUCUGAAACACAUUGAUGCCAUUGCAGUCAAAACUCCUGACAUGUUGAUUUGACUCAGUGUGACAUCACUGCCGGAUUCAAUUCAUCUCCUUUUAUUUUGAAAAGGAAUUAGACUGCAGUUUCAUAAUAAACCUCUUUAAAAAAACAAGA